UCGGAUCCUCCCGCUGGGGCAGGAGGGAGGAUCCGUGAGGGAGCUGGUGCGCUCGUCGGGUGCAGUCUCUGCAGACGAAAGCAGCGUGGCAGUGGCCAGCGCCCAUCCUGCCCUCCAGGAGUACCCGCGGCAAAGUAGGUCCGAGUUUCACAGCGAGGAGUAGCGACCCGUCUGGGGGCGAGGGGCCACGCACUCGCCACCGCGCAUGCGCCGGGCAGGGAGCGGCCAGCCGGACUACAGGUCCCAGAGGAACCCGCCGGUGGCCGCGGGAGCCGAGCUGCUGGCGCCAUCUUGAAAUCUGAUCCCCGAUCUCCGGGUCUUUGCGUCAGCUGCCGGGUGCCUGCUCGAGUACGGCUAACCCAGCCUGCUAAAAGGGAGGACGUUGGGGACGCGGCGGCUGGCGGGAGACACAGCUGGAGGAGACAUGGCAGGUUGCGUGCGCGGCCUGAGCUGCUGUCACUCAGCAUCCCCAUAAGGCGUUUCUGCGCCCGCCCCCUUCCCGAGGGGCGGGGCUGCCCACCCUGGUACCCAGAGCCCGCGCGCGGGCGGCUGCGGUGCGCCCCUGCAGAAAGGGGACGCCACCGGACGGUGCCAUGCCCGCCGGAGGCCACGGAGAAGGGAAACGCCGCGCAACUGAGCGCCAGUGAAUGAACACCAAGCAGCAGCCGCCUCGGGGAAGCUUGGCUACCGCUGGAAGGGAAGAUGAAGGAGAUUUGCAGGAUCUGUGCCCGGGAGCUGUGCGGAAACCAGCGGCGCUGGAUCUUCCACACGGCAUCUAAGCUCAACCUCCAGGUUCUGCUUUCGCAUGUCCUGGGCAAGGAUGUCUCCCGGGAUGGCAAAGCCGAGUUUGCUUGUAGCAAGUGUGCUUUCAUGCUUGAUCGCGUCUAUAGAUUCGACACCGUUAUUGCCCGGAUCGAAGCUCUUUCCAUUGAGCGUUUGCAAAAGCUGCUGCUGGAGAAGGACCGCCUCAAGUUCUGCAUUGCUAGCAUGUAUCGUAAGAACAACGAUGACUCCGGCACGGACGCCAAGGCAGGCAAUGGGACGGUUGACAUUUCCGGCUUACCUGAUGUGAGGUACUCUGCACUCCUCCAGGAGGACUUUGCCUAUUCAGGGUUUGAGUGUUGGGUGGAAAACGAGGAUCAGAUUCAGGAGCUCCACAGCUGCCAUGCUUCAGAAGGUCCUGGAAACCGCCCCAGGAGAUGCCGUGGUUGUGCAGCCUUGCGGGUUGCUGAUUCUGACUACGAAGCCAUUUGUAAGGUGCCUCGAAAGGUGGCUAGAAGUAUCUCGUGUGGCCCUUCUACCAGGUGGUCCACCAGCAUUUGCACCGAAGAACCAGCAUUGUCUGAGGUCGGGCCACCGGAUUUACCAAGCACAAAGGUACCCCCAGAUGGAGAAAGCAUGGAGGAAGGGACACCAGGAUCCUCCGUGGAAUCUCUGGAUGCAAGUGUCCAGGUUACUCCUCCGCAACAAAAGGAUGAGGAAACGGAGAGAAGCCCAAAGGAACUUGCAAAGUGUGACUGUUGUUCAGAAGAGCAGGCUUCACAGCACUUGUGUAACCACAAGCUGGAGCUAGCUCUCAGCAUGAUUAAAGGUCUUGAUUAUAAGCCCAUCCAGAGUCCCCGAGGGAGCAAGCUUCCUAUUCCAGUGAAAUCCAGCCCACCUGGAGCCCGGCCUGGCCAUAUCAUGACAGAUGGCGUUAGUUCCGGUUUCCUUAAUAGGUCUCUGAAACCUUUUGACAAGACACCUGUGAGUUACCCCUUGGACAUUUCAGACCUGCAGGAGCUGUGGGAUGAUCUCUGUGAAGAUUAUUUACCACUUCGGGUCCAGCCCAUGUCUGAAGAGUUACUCAAACAACAGAAGCUGAAUUCAGAUGAGACCAUUAUAACUCAGCAAUCUGUAUCUGAUUCCCACUUGGCGGAACUCCAGGAAAAAAUCCAGCAAACAGAGACCACCAACAAGAUUCUUCAAGAGAAACUGAAUGACAUGAGCUAUGAACUGAAGUCAGCUCAGGAGUCCUCUCAGAAGCAGGAUGCUGCAAUUCAAAGCCUCAAGGAAACUCUGAAAAGCAGGGAAAAUGAGACCGAAGAGUUGUACCAGGUGAUUGAAGGUCAAAAUGACACAAUGGCAAAACUUCGAGAAAUGCUGCACCAAAGCCAGCUUGGACAGCUUCACAGCUCCGAGGGUACUUGCCCGGCCCGGCAACAGGUGGCUCUGCUUGACCUUCAGACUGCUCUGUUCUGCAGCCAGCUCGAAAUACAGAAACUCCAGAGGGCCGUACGCCAGAGAGAACGCCAGCUGGCGGAUGCCAAGCGAUGUGUGCAGUUUGUGGAGGCCACGGCCCGUGAGACAGAGCAGCAGAAGGAGGCUUCUUGGAAACAUAACCAGGAAUUACGAAAAGCCUUGCAGCAGCUCCAAGGAGAAUUGCAGAGUAAGGGCCAACAGCUUCGUACCCUGGAGGCUGAAAAAUACAAUGAGAUUAGAACCCACGAACAGCACAUUCAGCACCUAAAUCAUAGUGUGAGUCACAAGGAACAGCUGCUUCAGGAGUUUCGGGAGCUCCUGCAGUAUCGAGAUAAGUCAGACAAAACCCUCGAAGCAAAUGAAAUGUUGCUUGAGAAACUUCGGCAGCGAAUACAAGAUCGAGAUGUUGCUCUAGAGAGGGCCAUAGAUGAAAAGUUCUCCACUCUAGAAGAAAAAGAAAAAGAGCUGCGUCAACUCCAUCUCGCUGUGCGAGAGCGAGAUCAUGACCUAGAGAGACUGCGUGGUAUUCUGUCCUCUAACGAAGCCACCAUGCAGAGCAUGGAGAGUCUCCUGAGGGCCAAAGGCCUGGAAGUGGAACACUUAUCUGCUACCUGUCAGGACCUGCAGUGGCUGAAGGAGGAAAUGGAAGCCAAAUUCAGCCAUUGGCAGAAGGAACAAGAAAGUAUCAUUCAGCAGUUACAGACAUCUCUGCAUGACAGGAACAAAGAAGUGGAGGACCUUAGCGCAACGUUGCUCUGCAAACUCGGACCGGGACAGAGUGAGGUCGCCGAGGGGCUCUGCCAGCGUCUGCAGAGGAAGGAGAGGCUGCUGCAGGAGCUUCUGAGCGAUCGAAACAGACAGGCCGUGGAGCAUGAACUGGAGAUUCAAGGCCUGCUUCAGUCCAUGAGCGCCAGGGAGCGGGAGAGCCAAGCCUCUGCAGAGAAGAUGGUACAAGCCCUAAUGGAAAGAAAUUCAGAAUUGCAGGCCCUGCGCCAAUAUUUAGGAGGGAAAGACUUCAUGGCGUCCCAAGCACUGGUCUCCAACCAACCCACUGAAGUUACUUCCGGCAGCCCCCGUCUUGGAGACCAGACUGAUCAGGGUUCCGUGCAUGUACCCUCCAAGGAUGACAGCGUUUCAUUGACUGCCAAAGGGGAAGCCAGUGUAGCCAGGUCCUCAUUAGGGGACUUGGACGCAGUGGCGGGGCUGGAGAAAGAGCUGAGCACCGCCAAGGAGGAGCUCGGGCUCCUGGCUAAAAAGGAAAGAGAAAGCCGGAUGGAACUUUCUGCACUGCAGUCCAUGGUGGCCGCGCAAGAGGAGGAGCUGCAGGUGCAGGCCGCUGACCUGGAGUCCCUGACCAGGAACAUACAGAUCAAAGAAGACCUCAUAAAGGUCUUUCAAAGCCUUUUACGUGACUACAGCUCAGAACAUGACCUGCAAAUGCAACUGGUUGAUCCCGAAGACAUACCAGCUAUGGAACGCCUGACCCAAGAAGUCUUACUACUUCGGGAAAAAGUUGCUUCAGUAGAAUCACAGAGUCAGGAAACUUCAGGAAAUCGAAGACAACAAUUGCUGCUGAUGCUCGAAGGGCUGGUAGAUGAACGGAGUCGGCUGAAUGAGGCUUUGCAAGCAGAGAGACAGCUCUAUAGCAGUCUGGUGAAGUUCCACGCGCAUCCAGAGAGCUCUGAGAGAGACCGCACUCUGCAGGUGGAACUAGACGGGGUCCAGGUGAUACGCGGUCGGCUAGAAGAAGUUCUUGGAAGAAGCCUGGAGCACUUAAGCAGGCUGGAGACCCUGGCCGCCAUUGGAGAUGCAGCUGCAGGGGACGACACGGAAGAUGCCAGCACCGAGUUCACCGACAGCAUCGAGGAGGAGGCGGCACACAGCAGCCACCAGCAACUCAUCAAGGUGGCUUUGGAGAAGAGCCUGGCGGCUGCUGAGACCCAGAACACAUGUCUGCCCCCUCCUUCCUCGACGGGAGGGGUCGAUACUAGGGGUCUUCAGGAGGAAAUGCUCCACUUGAGGGCUGAGAUCCACCAGCACUUAGAGGAGAAGAGGAGAGCUGAGGGGGAACUGAAAGAGCUAAAGGCUCAGAUUGAGGAAGCAGGAUUCUCCUCUGUGGCCCACAUCAGGAACACCAUGCUCAGCCUUUGCCUCGAGAACGCAGAGCUGAAAGAGCAGAUGGGAGAAGCAAUGUCUGAUGGAUGGGAGAUAGAGGAAGACAAGGAGAAGGGCGAAGUGGCAGUAGAAACUGUGGCAGCCAAAGGGCGUCCGAGUGAGAAGAGCCUUCAGGCUGAGUUCCGAAAGCUCCAGGGAAAACUGAAGAACGCCCACGACAUCAUCAGCCUCCUCAAGGAGCAGCUGGUGCUGAGCAGCAAGGACGGAAAUGGUCAGCAUGGCCCGGAGCUCCUUGCGCGGCUGGCCCGGGAGAUCGAUAGAAUGAACACAGAGCUGGUCUGUUCCCCCGAGAAGCCCCGAGGCCAGGAAGAGGAGCCUGUGACCAUGAAGCCCUGCCCCAGACCCCAGAGCCUUGACCUUGGGGCUGCCCUUGCAGGGGAUGCCGAUCAACUGGAUAACCAGCCCCAGGCCCAGACCCCUGGGCCUCAGUCAGAAGGCAGCCUCCCUGGACCCACCAGGCACCUGCGCUCUCAGCUGGCACAGUGCAGGCAGUGCUAUCAGGAUCUCCAGGAGAAGCUGCUGAUCUCAGAAGCCACGGUCUUUGCCCAGGCCAACCAGCUGGAGAAAUACAGAGUCAUGCUUCGUGAAACCCUGGUGAAGCAGGACAGCAAGCAGGUGCAGGUGGACCUCCAGGAUCUGGGCUAUGAAACCUGCGGCCGAAGCGAGAAUGAGGCUGAGCGAGAGGAGAGCACCAGUCCCGAGUGUGAGGAGCACCUGCUGGACUCGCCACCGGCCAGCCCCCCUGGGAAGAAGCCCUUGGAGAGCCCACGGGGGAAGCAGGAGCUCCAGGUGUGUGGGAGGUCGGAAGACAUCUCUGUCCUCCACAAGGACAUCAGAGACCUGAAGAUGCAGCUGCAGAACGCCAACAAGAUCAUUCAGAACCUCAAGAGCCGGGUGCGGUCCCUCUCGGUUACAAGCGACUACUCAUCUAGUCUGGAGAGACCACGAAAGCUGAAGGCCGUCGGCGCCCUCGAGGGGUCCUCCCCUCAGAGUGUCACUGACGAGGAUGAGGGGUGGCUGUCUGAUGGCACGGGGGCUUUCUAUCCCCCAGGGCUUCAGGCCAAGAAGGAUCUGGAGAGUCUGAUCGAGAGAGUGUCCCAGCUAGAGGCCCAGCUCCCGAAGACUGGAGUGGAAGGGAAGCUGGCCGAGGAGCUGAGGUCCGCCUCGUGGCCUGGGAAAUAUGAUUCCCUGAUUCAGGAUCAGGCCCGAGAACUAUCCUACCUCCGCCAGAAGAUAAGAGAAGGGAGAGGCAUCUGUUAUCUUCUCACCCAGCAUGCAAAAGAUACGGUGAAAUCUUUUGAGGACCUUCUUAGGAGCAAUGACAUCGACUAUUACCUGGGGCAGAGCUUCAGGGAGCAGCUCGCCCAGGGCAGCCAGCUGACGGAGAGGCUGACCAGCAAACUCAGCACCAAGGAUCAUAAAAGUGAGAAAGACCAAGCCGGACUCGAACCGCUGGCUCUCAGGCUCAGCAGGGAGCUGCAGGAGAAGGAGAAGGUGAUCGAAGUCCUGCAGGCCAAGCUGGAUGCCCGGUCCCUCACGCCCUGCAGCAGCCAUGCCUUGUCGGACCCCCGGCGCUCACCCAGCACCUCCUCCUUCCUGUCGGAUGAGCUGGAGGCCUGCUCCGACAUGGACGUGGCCAGCGAGUACACACACGACGAAGAGAAGAAGGCUCCGCCCGGUCACUCAGAUGCCAUCCACCACUCAAGUCAUUCUGCUGUACUGUCUUCUAAACCGUCCGCAGCCAGUGCGCCUCAGGGGGGUAAGGCCGAACCCCGCAGCAGCCCCAGCAGCUUGCCAGCUCCCCAGAGCCCCCCCCAGGAGGCCAGCCAGGCCCAUCCAGGCCUUCAUUUUCCCUCCAUACCCUCGCUGGCUAGCAUGCCCCAGGUGCCGCUGCCCUCAGCUCGGCCCGGCCUCCUGCCCUUCGGCGCCACUGGCCCUCCCCUCCUGGGCUGCUGUGAGACGCCCGUGGUCUCCUUGGCGCAGGCCCAGCAGGAACUGCAGCUGCUGCAGAAGCAGUUGGGAGAAAGCGUCAGCACCGUCCAUCCAGCAUCCCCAGCUGCACUGCCAGGCCACCAGAUAGAGGCCAGUUCCUCCCACUAUCUCCACCCUGCCCAGCCCCACUCACCUCCCAGAGGCAGCACGGAACUGGGCAGAAUCCUGGAGCCUGGCUACCUGGGCAGCAGCAACCAGUGGGAUAUGAUGAGGCCUCAGAAAGGGAGCGGAGCAGGUGACCUGUCCGCGGGUUCCUCCGUGUGCCAGCUGACCUCCAAACCCACAGGGGCCGACCUGCUCGAGGAGCACCUUGGAGAGAUCCGGAAUCUGCGCCAACGCCUGGAGGAGUCCAUCUGCAUCAACGACCGGCUGCGGGAGCAGCUGGAGCACAGGCUCAGCUGCGCUGCCCGAGGGAACGGAGCCACCUCCAGUUUUUGCAGUCCCAGCCUGGAACCCACACCACAGCUCUACAAUGAGAACAGAGUCCUUAAGGAAGAAAACCGGAGGCUUCAGGCUCAGCUGAGUCAUGUUUCCAGAGAGCACUCCCAGGAGACGGAGUGCCUGAGGGAGGCCCUGCUGUCCUCUCGGUCCCGGCUUCAAGAGCUGGAGCUGGAGCUGGAGCACCAGAAGCGGGAGCGGCAGCAGCUUGUGGAAGACUUGAAGGAGAAGCAACAGGAGAUCUUGCAUUUCCAGGAGGAACGACUAUCCCUCCAAGAGAAAGACUCCAGGCUGCAACACAAGCUGGCCCUCCUGCAGCAACAAUGUGAAGAGAAACAGCAGCUCUUCCGCUCCCUCCAGUCAGAGCUACAGAUCUACGAGGCACUUUGUGGCAAUCCCAAGAAGGGGCCACAAGCGUCCACCUGGGAUGCCUGCCACCAGGUCCCUUUGAGCAGUGACUUGAGCCACCUGGUGGCAGAGAUCCGAGCUUUGCGGGGGCAGCUGGAGAAGAGCAUCCAGGUGAACAACUGUCUGCGGCUGCAGCUGGAACAGCAGCUGGAUGGCGGGGCAAGCCAAGCCCGCCUCGGCCCCUCCCCUGCCAACCAGGAGGACCCCGGAAACAAGCAGCCGCCCUUCCAAGACCCCGCCGCCUCCCCUCCAGUCCGGGAUGUCGGCAUGGAUUCUCCCGCUCUCAUGCUCCCUGGCUCCGAGACCGCCGUCUUCAACAGGACAAAUGAGCUGGGUUUGGAUGCUUCUCCAAUAAUGAAGAACCCCCCCAAGCUAGAGGGGGAAGCCACAGAUGGUUCCUUUGCCAAUAAGCACGGCCGCCAUGUCAUUGGCCACAUUGAUGACUACAGUGCCCUAAGACAGCAGAUUGGGGAGGGCAAACUGCUGGUCAAAAAGAUAGCAGCGCUCGUGAGGUCAGCCUGCAACAUCCCUGGCCUUGAAGCUCAGGGCACAGAGGUGCCAGGCAGCAAAGGCAUCCAUGAACUUGGGAGCAGCGCCCAGGCCCUGCAGCACACGCUGGAGGAGUCAGCCUCCCUCCUCACCAUGUUCUGGCGAGCGGCUCUGCCGAGCCCCUCCAGCCCUGCGCCGGCCGGGACCGUGGGACAAUCCAUGAAAAGGGAACUUUUGGAACUGAGAACCAAACUGUCUGCAAAGGAGAAUCUCCUUCAGAGCACGGCUGAGCGUCUGAAGACAGCCAACCAGCAGAAGGAGAGCAUGGAGCGGUUCAUCUUCAGCCAGUUGACCAGGACACAUGACGUGUUGAAGAAGGCAAGGACGAAUUUGGAGGCCAAGUCAGGAGUCCGAGGAAAGCAAAAGAACAGUUACAAGAUGGCCUCUGUAAAGCCUUAUUCCUGUCCCAGCAAAGGUGAAGUCCCUGAGGGCUCCGCCAGGCACUCCAGUCUGGUGACCCUUGUCUUCCGGGAGCCACGCAGGAGGAGGGACCUGCAGAGGUCCUUCAAGCAGCAGGAAGGAGGGGCCCCCGCCCCUAGGGUGCAGCUCCCAGUCUGCUAGGAGAUCUGGGCCCCUGCUCCACACCUGCUGGAGGGCCCAGAAGGAGCCAGAGGCAGGGCCAGUGCAGGAGGGGGAACAGCAGAGAGCCCCCCUGGGGUGCAGGACCACCACCAGAGCACCAUCAGCCGGAGGCGCUCGGCCCAGCCCUGAGCACAACAAGCACAUGUGUCCAAGGUCUGGGGACACUGCUCUAGACGCCACAGCGGACUGCUACUAGCAACAGCCUCUCCUCGCAUCAGUGCCCGUCCUCAGCUGGCCACCCAAGGGAAACAGGACCCUGCUUCUUCAGGAUGGGACACGUGGUCCCCACACAGGGACUCCACAGCAGGACUAAAGCACACAGAGUGACCGCAGUGCCCUGAGGGACAGCGGGCUCAGCCGGCUCUGCUCCCAGGGCAGCUCAGCUGGGCCACCGGGGUUGUGCAUCAGUCUACACUGCAGCACCUGAGUGCUUUGAAUCCACGUAGCCAAAGUGGUGGCUUCCCACAUGCCAUGUCCCGCUCAGCCUGGCACCUCCUGUUUCUAAUGUAUGGUCUCCAAGGUGUGGCAAUGGCCUUACCCUAAUUACUCUGUCCCCUUUAACUAACUCCUCUCUGGGGACCUGGGACUCGUGCGCAGACUAAGCGCAUUGAAAGUCCUUUGAAAGACAACACAGUGACCGUAUUUAAGGGGCACCUGAGAGGCUCCCAGGUGUGUGAAAGCCUCAUCUGUGUCUUCACAGUGCUUUCGGAUGUGUGCCCGUGUGGGUACAUGCACCCCAGAUACUCCUAUAUGUUGCUAGAGCGAGAUGUUUUGGGCAACAUACCUGGUGGACAGGGUCUGUUAGAGGAAAUGCAACAUAGUACUUUUGGUGGCUAUGAAAGUAAAUGUGUAUAAAGAAAUAAAACAUUUUUCUUCACCUGCUUCA